CGUUCACUAAUACAAGAUGAUGGAACAAUCAUUGGUCCGGAUCCCGUUCUACAACAAGCUCCUCAACAGCAAACCAUCUCAUCUCUACGCCAGCGCCUUCGAACUCUAAUGGGCUCAGCGCGUAAUAUCCGGCAACCAUCCGGAGUUAGCUGUGCCCCGGCCCAGAAUCUACCAACAAGCGGAAACUACCCAAAACGAAUUUUAUCAGCAAAUUCAUCACCAAAGAAACGACCUCAAGCAUACUAA